CGCGGGCAAGCAGCUCGAGGACGGCCGCACCCUUGCGGACUACAACAUCCAGAAGGAGUCUACUCUCCAUCUUGUGCUCCGUCUCCGUGGAGGUAUGCAGAUCUUCGUGAAGACUCUCACCGGCAAGACCAUCACCCUCGAGGUCGAGUCGUCAGACACCAUCGACAUGGUCAAGAGCAAGAUCCAGGACAAGGAGGGCAUCCCCCCUGAUCAGCAGCGUCUCAUCUUCGCGGGCAAGCAGCUCGAGGACGGCCGCACCCUUGCGGACUACAACAUCCAGAAGGAGUCUACUCUCCAUCUUGUGCUCCGUCUCCGUGGAGGUAUGCAGAUCUUCGUGAAGACUCUCACCGGCAAGACCAUCACCCUCGAGGUCGAAUCGUCAGACACCAUCGACAUGGUCAAGAGCAAGAUCCAGGACAAGGAGGGCAUCCCCCCUGAUCAGCAGCGUCUCAUCUUCGCGGGCAAGCAGCUCGAGGACGGCCGCACCCUUGCGGACUACAACAUCCAGAAGGAGUCUACUCUCCAUCUUGUGCUCCGUCUCCGUGGAGGGAACUAAG